GCCUGGCCUGGACGGCUGGUGCGCAUCUGGCUGUGAGGGCUGAGCGUGGCUGCACUGCCUUUCCUGGUGGGCCGGACGGGUGCAACAGAGACGCUCUGUGCCGCGCUGCCUCCGAGGGCAGGAACACCCUCGAUGUCCGUGGGUCCAGGGCCUAACUGCUGAGUUCGCUCCGCUGCCUGCGAGGGUGGUGGGCACAGAGCCAGGGAUGCAGCGGAUGACUCGGGAUCACCACCUGCCAGCGCUCAGCACGGCACUACCCGGGCCUGGAGUUGGCGCCCUCGCCGGAAAGCCACCAGGCGACAGUGCGUGAGGCUCAGUCCAGGGCUGUGGUGGGCACUGGGGGGUUGGGAACGAUCACUCUGAACCUGGCAGCCCCACGCUCGGGGACCCGGGCCUCUGACCGCAGCUCUGAGGGGCCGUCCUGGACCCCGUGCCCACAGUCCCCCGGGAUGCAUUCUCCGUAUCUGGGCCGUCUUCCGGUCUCACGCUGACCAGACACGGCUUUUAUUACUCUGCCUCCUAGGUCAUAAGGUCAGACGUGGGGUCAUGGGAUGUUUUCCAUCCCAUCUCAGAGCAGAUGCUGGUGGGGCCCCAGACCCUGGGGAAGGGUUUGGAAGGGCGGGUUCCAGCGGCUUUGUCCUGUUUCGCUGCAUUAGCUCUCCCUGCCAGCCCUGCCAGGGAGGGGCUUCCGUACCCGUCUGAGGGAAGGCUCCUCCUCCCAGGCGCUUGUGCAGCUCCCAGGAAACCGCCCCCCCCCCCCAUUUCCAGGGUGCUUUGUAGGUGGCCUUGGCCUCUAGGGACUGGCCCCACAUGGGGCCACAACCACUGAAAUUCAAGUCCGUCCGAGUAGAUACACCCAGUGCCUCGCUCACACCAGCCAUGUUUGCAGUGUUUGCUGCCUGUGCGACUGGGGGCCAUACUGGGGGCACACAGUUCCCUCCCUGCUGGUCGUCACGGGACCUCACUUCGGUGGCAUGAGCCUUGUCCAGUUGUGGAAGAGCCUGGACCAGGGCCAUCCUGGGGGCGGGGGCAAAGGCCAGCCCUGCAUUGGCCUCCCCCAACCCUCAUCUGCUGAGGGUCACCAUGGAAAGGCCCAGGCCGAGUUCACUGUGCACCCCUGUGCUUCAGGGACCUCACCACUAACUUUAGAAAGGGUUUCAAUUUGACCCCGAGACCCGUUGGCAGGUCGUGACCCUUCUCCCAGGAGAAGGUUGUGGAGUUUUUCCUGGGAAGGAACAGAAUGCUUACUCAUUGCUGGGCUGAACACGGUACCCCUGUGCCUCUGUCUUGUCUAGAAGAAAUAAAUCUAAGGAAGGGGCUGGCCUGGGCCUGCUUGGGGGAGACCCAGGCCCUGGACAGCUGGGGCAGGUUGGAGAGCCGGAGGGGGUUGGCCAGCCUGGCCCCCUCCCCUGACCUGGGCUGGGAGGGUCUGAGAGGCAGCUUUGAUCCCAGGGCCCUUCCAUCCGAAGCCCAGCGCGCCCAGAGGGAGGAGGGGCUCCAGUUACAGUGUCCCCUCCCCUCCCCUCCCGCCGCAGCCAGCCCUUCUCUGGCCCUUCUCCGCCCCUUGGUGACCCUCGCGGCCAGUGUCUUCUGUGCUCCUGGGCCUCGGCCCCUCCCCAGCUCUCCUCCCCUCCCCACCCCCUGCCCUGCGCUGACCACAGAGGGGCCAGGCAGGGGAGGGGCUGGCGCCGCACGCACAGACUCAGAGCUGGGAGAGGCCCGGAACCUACCCAGCCCCUCGGACUGGGGUGUUGAGACGAAGCAUCUGCUGUGGGCUUAGACCUUGGGGGUGAGGGGAGAGCCCCAGGAUCAGCUGGGGGCUGGAGGGCAGGGGCAGCGACCACAGGCCUGGGGAGGCAGAUGCCUUCAGGGAGGAGGCUGGGCAGGGCCUGAGGAGGGACUGGUGGUCACAUCCCCCACCCCCUGUCCUGGCGGUCCCCAUGCUGGCCCCGAGGCCACUCCUGCUGCCGCUCCUCGUGGUUGGGCUGACCUUGGGGGCCAGCCUGCCGCCAGGACCCAGGAGCCACCCAGGCGUGUGCCCCAACCAGCUCAGCCCCAACCUGUGGGUGGAUGCCCAGAGCACCUGUGAGCGUGAGUGCAUCGGGGACCAGGACUGCCCGGCCUCCGAGAAGUGCUGCGCCAACGUGUGUGGGCUGCGGAGCUGCGUGGCGGCCCGCUUCCCUGACGGCGGCCCUGCUGUGCCCACGCCGCCGGCCUCCUGUGAGGGCUUCACGUGCGCACAGCAGGGCUCCGACUGCGACAUCUGGGACGGGCAGCCCGUGUGCCGCUGCCGUGACCGCUGCGAGAAGGAGCCCAGCUUCACCUGUGCCUCCGACGGCCUCACCUACUACAACCGCUGCUACAUGGACGCGGAGGCCUGCCUGCGCGGCCUCCGCCUGCACGUGGUGCCCUGCAAGCACGUCCUCAGCUGGCCGCCCAGCAGCCCCGGCCCACCCGAGACCACGGCCCGCCCCACGCCCGGGGAUGCCCCGACGCCACCCGCCCUCUACAGCAGCCCCGCCCCGCAGGCCGUGUUCGUGGGGGGCACGGCCAGCCUCCACUGCGAGGUCAGCGGCCGCCCGCCCCCGGCCGUGACCUGGGAGAAGCAGAGCAACCGGCGUGAGACCCUCAUCAUGCGGCCCGACCAGAUGUACGGCAACGUGGUGGUCACCAGCGUCGGGCAGCUGGUGCUCUACAACGCCCGGCCCGAGGACGCCGGCCUCUACACGUGCACCGCACGCAACGCCGCGGGCCUGCUGCGGGCCGACUUCCCGCUGUCGGUGGUCCGGCGGGAGCCGGCCGGGGACGCGGCGCCCACCCCCCCUGACCCGGCCGAGUGCCUGCCCGCCGCGCAGGCCUGCACCGGCGCCCCCUCCGGCCUGGUCCUCUGGCAGUACGACCCCCAGCGCGGGGGCUGCAUGACCUUCCCCGCCUGCGGCUGCGAGGGCGGCGGCCGGGGCUUCGAGACCUACGAGGCGUGCCAGCGGGCCUGCGCCCGCGGCCCCGGCGACGCCUGCGUGCUGCCGGCCGUGCAGGGCCGCUGCCAGGGCUGGGAGCCCCGCUGGGCCUACAGCCCGCUGCUGCGGCAGUGCCACCCCUUCGUCUACGGCGGCUGCGAGGGCAACGGCAACAACUUCGAGAGCCGUGCGAGCUGCGAGGACGCCUGCCCCGUGCCGCGCACGCCGCCCUGCCGGGCCUGCCGCCUGCGGAGCAAGCUGGCGCUGAGUCUGUGCCGCAGCGACUUCGCCAUCGUGGGGAGGCUCACCGAGGUGCUGGAGGAGCCCGAGGUGGGGGGCGGCGGCAUCGCCCGCGUGGCCCUGGACGAGGUGCUCAAGGAUGACAAGAUGGGCCUCAGGUUCUUGGGCACCAAGUACCUGGAGGUGACGCUGAGCGGCAUGGACUGGACCUGCCCCUGCCCCAACGUGACAGCGGGCGACGGCCCCCUGGUCAUCAUGGGCGAGGUGCGAGACGGCGUGGCCGUGCUGGACGCUGGCAGCUACGUCCGCACGGCGAGCGAGAAGCGUGUCAAAAAGAUCUCGGAGCUGCUCGAGAAGAAGGCCUGUGAGCUGCUGAACCGCUUCCAGGACUAGCCCCCCCCUCCCCCCCCCCCCCCGCCCCCAGUGUCUGCCCACCCUGCCUUCCUG